AUGGAUAUCCCACUGGCAUCGGCUCAAGAUGAAUCGACCGAACCAAAACGACGUCGAACGAAACCUGAGAUGAUUAUCCAUCGAGCAGAACUAGCUAAGAAGAAAGAGGCAUUGGAAGCAGCCAAAUUACUUAAGAAGAAGCCUCAUCCAAAAGCCGUAAAGACUGCCGCUGGAACCUCUGGAUCGAAGUCAACUAAGCCAACUGGGGCUGCGGAUAACAAUCCUCAGUUCAUCGCCUCUGACUUUGAACUCAUAUGUACUUAUCUUGAAGAUCCGCAUCACUACACAGAGAUCUACGGAAACGGACCUCGAACAGGGGUGGGACAGCAAGUCAUGACGAAAUCAGCAGCUUACGACCGAUUUGCAAUAUUUAUGAAUGAUAAAACUCACAAGCGACUGCAUUUGGACGGCAAGCUUCUUCGACAGCGUAUUGAGGCCUACAAGAAGAGGUUUGUAGCUGCCAAGAGAUGGGCCGACAACACCGGUGCGGGGAUUGAAGAGGGGGAGGAUAUCGUUUCGAUUGACGUACUCCUAGAAGGGAAAUGCCCUUGCUACGAACGAAUGUCAGCCCUCUUCGGUGAGAAGCCUAAUGUCACCCCUGCGGCCCAGUACGAGUCCCAACAAGGAAUGUCGCUUUACAAUCGGCCGGUUGAUAACGACAAUCCAGACAAUCCGAGCAAUCCUGAAAUGUUUUACCCCGGCUGGGAACCAACACAGGAGGUACUGGACCAGACGACCCAUGUGAACGAAUCACCCGAUCUGGCAACCUCUGGGCAAGCAAAUCAGACCUCUGGAGUGGAUCAGUCCAACGACAAUCCAGACUUGCCUGAUAGCCUCUUGGACGCUCCACCAAGUCACCAACCUACUCCUCCUCUCGAUUCAGCCCCCGUUUCUGCGAUGCCCUCGACGUCGGCCACCCCAGGUCAUCAGCUUGGCUCGUCUCAGCCCCGCCGUACGAUGGCGUCUAUGCUUGCCGACCUCCGAGCGAACAUUUCAAGGGAGGAAGAAGAUGAAGUUGACGAUGCUGAACCGUCGGGUUCAGCUGCGCCUCGUGGACGAUUCGUCAAUCAAGUUGAUCGAUCGAUCCCUGCCCCGAGGAGGGAAACAAACAAUCCCAAGGGCAAAUCAACAGUCGCUGCUGCCUUUGGAUCAUCGUCUGACAAGAAGUUUGCUUACCUUGAUAAGCACAUGGAGAUGGAGAAAGAGAAGUUUGAGUGGGAAAAAUCUAAGUACAAAAGCGAGCAAGGUGACAUAACCACCCGAGAAAAUGCUAAGAUGCGCGCGGCCGAAAAAUGGAUUAGCCAGGGGAAGAGUCCUUCAGACAUUGAGAUCCUCAUGAGAACUGUCUUCUAA